GCAAUUUCUGCCUUCCGUCACCAUCCCUGCGCUAUCUUCCCCAGAGUAGAUGCCGAACCGCUGGCCACGACUCCUCGUCUCGAGCGUGCAGAUUGGCAGGCGACACAACACAAGGAUCAUGUCGUGACACCGCCAGCGCAAGGCUCGCGAGUAGGGCGUCGCACAUGUUGCAAAGUCUUCAUAAAAAAGCCUCAUCGUCUCGCAAGAAGGAUGCUAUCGAGUAGACAUUAAACAUCAGUCGUGCUAAUCACUGUACAAUACCGGAUACCCUGCGCGAAUGGUACCACCGAUCGAGCCGGCGAAGCAAGCAAGCGAACGAUAUGCAUGUCGGUGUGAGACAGGCGCUGCAUACUCAAGCCGUGAGCAUCCAAGCCUCGACUUACAGCAAGGAGCCUUCCUAUCUUGCCACUGCCGCUACGCUGGUUUCAUUCGCGCUGUUGAUCUUCUUGCUCAGAGUCUACACGCGUAUAAGACUACUCCGCUUCUUCGCCAUCGAUGACUGGCUUAUACUGGGGGCUGCCAUCGGUUUAGUCGUGGCUCUAGCAUCACUGAUUCUAAUCAACCUGAUCAGCAGGUGGGAGGGUUUCGCUAAUGGGAACACGGGGAAAGCCAUCCUUUCCCUCUGGAUAUUCGAUCUUUUCUCGAUUUUCAGCAUUACGGCUACGAAAACAUCAGCCAUCUUCCUUCUCCUUCGUACCGUUAAGAGAACCGUGUACAGGCGGCUCCUGUGCAUCACAGCCGCAAUCGUCACAUCAACAGGUCUCACUUGGUUUUCCAAUGUGCUCCUCCAAUGCGUACCAGUCGGAGCAGCGUGGGAGCUUGAACGGACGGAAGAUGCCAGAUGUAUGCAGUACAAUACCUUCAGCAACAUGCUUAUUAUCUAUAAUUCGAUCGAUGCCGCAACAAAUCUCACCCUUUCCCUACUUCCCAUGUCGGCGCUCUGGAGUUCACACCAUGCUGUCCGCAACAAGCUCUUCCUGAUAACCCGAGUCACGGUCACAGCUCUCGGCCUCAUCUCCACCACCGCCGCCGUCAUCAGACUCGCCAACCUAUACAAUCUGCGCAACACCACGUUCCUAUUCACGUAAGGCACCCCACCCCUCCCGUCUCCACAGCACUCCCAGCUGAACAGCCCAACAGCCAUGCCGCAACAAUAUGCAUUUGCAGCGUGUAAGUUCCGCCACUCUCCCACUCAUCGGUCCUGUUUCUGUGUCAUGCGCCGUAGCUACAGAUUUUCGUGGUGCAAGAUUGCGGCCGGAUGCGCGUGUGUCGCAGGUGGUCGCACAUGUACCACGGUCGGUUCCACGGCGACCCGUGGGCAUGGUAACGG